AUGAUUGACAAAGAAUGGCAGAAAAGUUCAGUAGAUUAUAGGAGUAAACGGGCAAGAAAGAAAGCAACUGACACAAUUAUUAAUUUACAAAUCUGUAUCUUCCCACAGAUCAUCUUCUACGAGGACAGGAACUUCCAGGGUCGGCACUACGAGUGCAGCACCGACUGUGCCGACCUGUCCCCUUACUUCAGCCGCUGUAACUCCAUCCGUGUUGACAGUGACUGGUGGGUGGUGUACGAGAGACCCCACUACAUGGGAUACCAGUAUGUGCUGAGCAGGGGCGAGUAUCCUGACUACCAGCGCUGGAUGGGAUUCAAUGACAACAUCAGGUCCUGUCGCAGCUACCCUUAUUACCGAGGGAGAAACUACAGGAUGAAGAUUUACGAGAGGCCUGUGUUUGGAGGGCAGAUGAUGGAAUUCAUGGAGGACUGUCCCUCCGUCUAUGAUUGGUUCCGUUAUCGUGACAUCCACUCCUGCCAGGUGAUGGAUGGUUACUGGAUCUUCUAUGAACAGCCCAACUACAGAGGCCGACAGUACUUCCUGAGACCUGGUGAAUACAGGAGAUACGGUGACUGGGGCGGCUACAACUCAACCAUUGGGUCCUUCAGGCGCAUGAAGGACUUCUAA